AGGCUCCGUGGGAACCAUGGGGUGUCAGGGGGGCCUGUGAAACCCAGGACGGGGCACCAUGUCCGCGGACCCCGGGCCCCCCGAAUCAGGUCUGAUGGACCAGUUUUCCGGGCCUGUCGGGCUCCAGACCUUGCUGGACCUGCUGGUGGGAGUGUACCAGGAGUUUCGAGCAUCGCCCCUCGCCCGGGAGAAGUAUGUUGCGGGAUUCCUUCAAUGGGCUGAACCACUGGUGAGACAGGUGAAAAAGACACGGAUCCAGAGGGACGACUUUGACAUCCUCAAAGUCAUUGGCCGAGGAACCUUCAGUGAGGUCGCCGUGGCGCGCAUGCGCAGGACCCAGCAGGUGUAUGCCUUGAAGAUCAUGAACAAGUGGGACAUGCUGAAACGCGGGGAGACGGCAUGUUACCAGGAGGAACGGGAGGUCCUGGUGAAAGGGGAUCGGCGCUGGAUCACUGAACUGCACUACGCCUUUCAGGACGACAACUACCUGUACCUGGUGAUGGAUUACUAUGUGGGGGGUGACCUGUUGACUCUGCUCAGUAAAUUUGGUGAUCACAUUCCUGAGGAUAUGGCCCAGUUCUACCUGGCAGAGAUGGUGAUGGCCAUUGACUCUGUCCACAGGCUGGGCUAUGUGCACAGGGACAUCAAGCCAGACAACAUCCUGCUCACUGCAGAGGGGCACGUCAGGCUCGGGGACUUUGGCUCCUGCCUGAGGCUGCAGGAGGACGGCAUGGUGCACUCCUCUCUGGCGGUGGGGACGCCAGACUACCUGUCUCCGGAGAUCCUGCGCGCAGUGGAGGGGGGAGGGCGUUAUGGCCCUGAGUGUGACUGGUGGGCCCUGGGCAUCUGUGCCUUCGAGAUGCUGUUUGGGACCACGCCCUUCUAUGCCGAGUCCAUCACCGAAACCUACGCCAAGAUCAUUCAUUUCCAGGAGCACUUUGAGAUCCCAACAUCGGGUCCAGAGGUUUCAGCGAAGGCACGCUCCCUUAUUAACGGACUGAUCUGCGAGAGGGAGGAGCGCCUGGGGGCAGUGGGGAUUGGGGAUUUUAGGAGUCACUGCUUCUUCUCCGGCUUGGAAUGGGCCUCUUUGCACCGCCACCCCGCCCCCUUCCAGCCUGAGGUCUCAAACUCCACUGACACCUCCAACUUCGACGUGGUGGACGACUGUCUCAGUGAAAUGGAGACGCUGUGUGAUGUCAUGGACAGAGCACCUGUGGGGGUUCACCUGGCCUUUGUAGGCUACUCCUACACAGCCACCAGAGAGACAGGUGCUCAGGACCGUAGUCAUGACAUCAUGAUGGAGAUUGACAACCAGCCAAUCAGAGGCCGUGUUAGUCUGCGAUUCCACGAGAAACUGAGUCAGGUGUGGCAGCUAAGGGAGAGUCUGCCAGCUCAGCUCCCUGCAUUGAUGGAGCUACCCCUAGUGUUUCAGCACGGUACUACAGAGUUCCUGUACACUGAGGAAAGCAUUGGCCAGGGCACAGCACACACUGAAGAACUGCCCAGACGGCUGCAAGAGGUGGAGAGGAGAAAUGAGGAGCUGGAAAAAGAGAUGGAGAGAUUAAGAGUGGAGGUACAGAGCUUGAGGGCCAACAAGGAAGCAGAGCUGAGCGUCUGCCUGUCCCGCCUCUCUUUGCCUGCCCACUUCCUGGACCCCACAGGGGAUAGCACAGUAGCCCCUGUCUGCCAUUACCCACUGGUCAUCCCUCUGCACCGGCACCUGCUGCUGUUCCACAGGGUGCGCUGGCCCCGGGCGAGGCGUGAGAGUUACUUGCUGGUGUGUGCGGCAGGAGUGGACCUCCGAACCUGGAGGAGGCCGUGCAGUUCUGAGCUCUCCUGAUCCCACAGGUGACAGGUGACCCCCAGGGGCCGUUCUUUCCCAGGCCUGUGGAAGCAGUCUCCCCCCCUCCUUAAACCGCUCGCAUUACCCAAGACCCCCCUCUCUCCGCCAGCAGGAGCGCAGCAGGGUGAUGGAAGAGAAAAUGGAUUGAUGUAGGAGCACCUGGCCUCGCUGCUUUGCAUCCUCACACUGAGAGUAGCAGCAGAGGAAGUGAGCAGCCUGUACAUGCUCGCUCAGGGCAGAGAGGGUGGGAGUCCGCUCAGAACCAAACCCUGACUCUCACACCAAGAGCAGUGCGGUGAGAGUGACAUAACAAAUGCCCUCCCCAAAUCACUGUCCUGUCGGCAAUGAGCUGCUCUCUGGCAGAGCU